AUGAGUGUUGUUGGAACUGCUGCAAAUAGGAGGCUCUCUGACGCCCAUGGCCCGGCGCUUAUGCCGACUGUCAAUGGAGGGAGUUGGGGCGCACAAAAUAGAGCGUUCAAUCACGAACUAAAUAACGGACUUGGUUGUGAUUAUAGUUAUGGUUAUGGAUUCUCUUAUAUUAAGGUUGUCUUUGUUAUCAUUUUGUUUCUUGUAUCCUUGAUCAGCUUUGUCACUCAGACAGAGUUGACCAGUAUGCUCUACUCCUCGUAUGAGUUCAACGAGCCAAUGCUGUUGCUGUUUCUGACGCAUGGCACCUGGUGGGCCCUCUGGCCCUUACAAUUCAUUUCGAUUGCCUCCUACAAGACCAUUAGGAGGUUUGUAAUGCAUAUACUGGGGUACGAAGAUUUGGGUGGUAAAAAAUGGAAGGGCUUUAGACGGGCUUUUGCAAGCUCCGUUAAGGCCCAGCACCGAAACAUCUUCCAUACUGCAGAACUAACAACAGAAACUAACAAACCAGAUUAUGAGGUCAUUUACAGAAACCCAAAGAAGAGCUUCAGAUACUACUCUGAAUUUUUCCAUUCAGAGGCAUUCAAACACCUCUUCAUAAUGUCCGCAUGCUUGUCCAUUAUCUUAAAUGUUGCUGGGUCAACGUGGUAUAUCUCCAUGUCCUUAUCGACGGGGAGUGAUGUCACUGCUAUUUACAACUGCAGUGCAUUUACAGCAUACGUCUUUGCAAUUCCAUUACUCAGAGAAAAGUUUUCAUGGAUCAAGGCAAACUCCGUCGUAACAGCCGUUGUUGGCGUCAUAGUGGUGGCGUACACCGGUGCCAAAGACCUCUCUGAUGGGUCCAACUACUACCCCCAUCGUCUCUUGGGUAACCUCAUCAUUUUUCUAGGUGCAAUUCUAUAUGGGCUCUAUGAAGUCCUUUACAAGAAAUGGUGUUGUCCUCCAUCGGAAGUGGUGAGUGCAAGAAGACAAGCCACUUUUUCGAACUUCAUCAUGUGUCUGAUCGGUAUUGCCACUUGCAUUACCAUGGGUGUUUGCAUGUUGGUUAUUCAUGUCUCCGGGUUACACCGGUUUCAUAUCCCAACCGAAAGUAAUGCUGUACUGAUAAUGCUACUCAGUGUCUUCUCUAAUCACAUUUUCAGCGUUUGUUUCCUAGGAUUGAUGUCCUUGACCUCUCCUGUCUUUUCUUCGGUGGCCUCCUUAUUGACCAUAUUGAUUGUUGGAAUCUUUGAGUGGUCAUUUAGAGGAGUCUUUAUCACAAUCUACCAGGUGGGUGGUUACAUACUGAUCAUGGUUGGAUUCUCCCUGCUGACAUAUGCCUCCUGGAAUGAAAUCACCCAACAGGACAAUGACGAUGAAUACAUCACUGAUAGUGAAUCUACCUACAGCUCGUCCAGUUCUCAACACGCAUAG